GUCAAGCUAGAUAAACAGCGCAUGCAGAGGUACUGUUCGGGUUCCUCAUUUGCAAGUGCACCCUGUCACCUCGCCCUAUUCAGCUUGGCGACACAGUCGAGCAUCCGCAUCACCUAGGAUAUAUGCAGCGCUCCAUGGCUCUCAGGCCCAGUCAAGGCUGGCGCAGCGCGCGAAGUGGCACAUCGUCAGUGUCCCCGGAAAUGGCACUGUUGCUGCACGGGCCCCGCACCUGCAGCCGUGCUCCGCGACAGCGGCCCUGCCUCCCUCGGGCACUAGAUGAGCAGCGUGAGCACCCCAUCUCACCUGAGUUUUCAAAGUCAACCCCACAAGGCACGUCGCCUGCCUCCGCGGUUGCUACCGCCAGUGCUGCUGCGGUGCCCGCACCGCAUGCUAUGCCGCUAACCCUCACACCGAGCGUCCUCUUCGGAGAGCUUGCGGGGGGGCAGCUUUUUGCAAACGCCAAGCGCGUCUUUCCCAAAGUUCCCUGGGGCCCAAGCCAGCUUGCGCAGGUGAUGGCUUGGAGUGCGGCGCUGGCGGUGGUUGGCGUGGCCACGACCGCGCAGACACCACAGGCGGAGGCGUUGCUGGCGGGUGACGUGGUGCGCUCCGCCGCCGUACGGCACCUUGGGCUGGAGGUGCUGUGCUGCUGCCUGGCGGCGGCAGUGCUGUUCAUGGGGCUGCGGCGCAGCAAGCCUACGGCGGCCGGCAUGUUCAGCUUUGCGCCGGAGCCGGGGGCGCUGGGAACCGCGGCGCUGCUGGCAUUGGUGGCGUACCCUCUGGCUGACCCGCUCAUGCACCAGGCGUGUUUGGCCAUUGAGCAGGCGCUGGGUGUGUCCGCGCUGCUUCCGGACCCGGGCUCGGGUCUGGUGUCACAGCUGGUGGAGGCGCGGGACGCGGGCGACGGCGUCAGCCUCGCACUUCAUGCGACCGCCAGCUGCUUGGUGGGGCCGCUGUGGGAGGAGACCUUCUGGCGCGGCUUCUUCCUGGCGUCCAUGACGCGUGUGCUGCCGCUGCCCGCCUGCGUGGCAGCCAGCAGCACCCUGUUUGCCGCACUGCACCUGGGGCCCGGCAACCUGCUGCCCAUCGCCGUGCUGUCGGCCGUGUGUGAUGUGUUGUACCUGCGCACCGGCUCGCUGGCGGCGCCGCUGCUGUUCCACGCGGGCUGGAAUGCGUACGAGCUGGCUGGCAUCCUGGUGCUGGGGCGGGAGGCAUUUGUUUGAGCGAAAGUCGUGUACACCCACCGUGUCUAGGCACCCACCGUGUCUUCCCCUCCCAGGGGCUUGGACCCAAGCACUUUGCGUGGUUCGUGGGCACCUGAUGUUAUGGUGCUAUCAGGACUUGGCAUGACGCGUCGCAGGCUUGCAGUCCGCUGGCGAGGAUGGGCUGUGACCAGUCGUGAGCAGUCGUAAUGAAUGGUGAUGAAUGGUGAUGAGCUGGUGAUCUCGUGAGGGGCCCUGUGUUUCGGAGGAUUGUGAGAAUGGCUGUGCGGUUGAGGCGGUGUGAAGGGACGGGGGCAGAGCAGGCGCCUCGUGCCGGCAGAGACUGGGGUGCGGUGGCCAGCGGACGUUGGGGGCACGCCUGAUGCCGGUCUUAUGAGGUCAACACAAGGGCAUGGUCACUUGGUCGGCCGUAGCAUCUGGCUGUCAGCAAUGUGGCUGUGUAACGGUAAAGGCGG